UUGUUGCAGAAUAACGCACCCAACAGUGACAUUACGGCGCGACGUUUGCGCAGUAUUCACCGCGCGUGCGUCAAGAUGCGAGCCCUUGUACUGUUCUCCCUGUUCGCCAUCAUCUACCUGGCUGCAGCAGCUCCUACGAGAUCCAAACUCCAGACAGGAGCCAACGAUGCGGACAGUCAGCCAUUUGUAGAGGAAGUGGUGGUGGAGUCGGUGCUACAAGUGCGAUCUCCAUCCAGUCGCCAAGCUCGUGUUAGUACACAGACACGUCUACAAGAUGGCGCUAGCGUCGCGGAGAAGAUUUAUAAUUAGUUAAAUAGGACAUAUUUUUUAUUAGUUUUAAUAUGUAUCCGCGGUAUAUUGAAUUAUGAGGCGUAUUCAUAAUAUCUUUUUAAAUGUAUAAUAGCAAUUAAGUGUCAUAUUUUAUAUAGUUUUUUUAUAAGAUUUUAUAAUGAUAAUGUUAUAACAAAAAAAAAGUGACAAUGUAGUUUCUUUAGUCUUUAUUAAGUUGCUUAAGAAAAGUUUCGUUGUAGUUUUAACAGAGUUUUCAUUAAACACUAUUAAAAACAAUGCAUACUUAAAGAAUUAUGAACAUGGAAGAAAAUUGUGUCUUAAGUUCCAUCCAAAAAUAUCUUACACAAGUCUUCUUUAACUAAACUGAUCUGAAUUCUGUGUAAAUAAGUACGUAUAAAGUACGCCAAAAGAUUUAAUACUAUUUAAGUAUAAUAUUUGCAUACUAUAUGGAGCCACAUCCGGCCAACACUGCCAGAAUACAUAUGUACUUCAUUAUCGCCAGAUGUACGCAAUAAUAAUGUGAUAAAUACCUUAAAAAUAUAUUAUGUUAUUGUAUUAUAUGCCUACAUACUAAAAUAUAAAUGUUAUGUACUUAGUUUGUUAAUGAAAUAAAUAGUUUAGCUUA